AAAAGAAUGAAAAAGCAGCAAUUUUGUCAUAAGAGUUAUUUAAUAAAGUAUUUAUCGUGAAAACCAUGGCUUUAAUGGUGACAAACUCUUUAAGCUGCGAGGAAAGAUUUUUUGAAGAUAUAAUUAAACAGCUCAAAGAUCAAAAUGUGAAUUUAUACCGUCCUCAAACUAAAAAGGCUAAGAAAGGCAAAAUUUUCUCACUGGAAGUUGUUGAAAUUAUGCUGCGAAGAAGAAUGUAUACAACCAACUACUGGAAGUUUAUUAAAGAUGUCCAUAACAGUUUCAAAUUCAUUCAAAAAUACUUUUCAAAAAGAACCGUGUUGCAUAGAUUAGCGUUAGAAUGUCAAGUACAGUUCAAUGGUCUAAUGGAUGAAUUUAUGAAUAAUCGAGGAUAUUGUUGCGGAACUUGGCAUACAAGAAAAUCAAGGCAAAUUCAAUGUUCAGGAGAUUCUAAAUGUUACGUUAAGAUAAAGACUGAAUACUUUAGAUUAAACUCGUACACUUUUUGUCAAAAAUGCUUCAAAAAGCUUCCAAACACAGACAUACUGCUGAAUGAAAACAUCACUGCCAAUAAAGCAGAUUUUGAAACAUGCUUUCAUAACGAAGAAGAGUCUGAAGACUUUAUAUCAUGUACUAAAUGCAAAAAGUUAUUUCACGAGCGCUGUGUUCUGCACAUCAACCAAUCAGAAAUACCAUUUUAUUGUCAAAGAUGUAGAAUUGGAGAACCAGAGCUGAAAAUAAUCAACAUCUCUUCGGAACAGAUUGCAAAGACAGAAUGUGACACUUAUAUCGAAAAUUUCUUAAGACAGCACAAAAUUCCAAAUUGUGAUAAUAUUGUAGUAAGAUUGGUAAGCAACGUGCCCACAACUUUCACCAUAAAUCCUGUCAUUGCCAAGUAUCAAGAUAAAAAUUAUGGACAUGAAAUAAGUUAUAAUAAUUGCGUCAUUUUCGUCUUUCUCAAAUUAUCCGAUGGCACAGAAAUUUGUUUCUUCGGAAUAUAUUUCCAGCUUUAUGGUAACUCAAACUGUCCAGUACCAAACAAGAAUUCAGUAUAUCUUAGCUACAUUGAUUCUGUCAAGCUAUGCAAUAUGAAAGAUCGGACAAAAACAUAUCAAUUUAUUCUCCUGGGAUUAUUUAAAUAUUUAAAGAUGAAAAACUUUCGACGAAUAUUUAUUUGGAGCUGUCCACCAAAGCGUGAUGUAGACUAUAUUUUUCACGAGAAACCAUCUGAUAUGAAGAUACCGACAAUGACUCGAUUAGGCGAUUGGUAUAAAAAAUUAAUGAAAUUGGCAGUUGAUGAACAUAUUGCAGAAUCAUUUAGUGGAAUAAAAAGCUAUUCAGAAAGUCAAAAUUGGGAAGAUAUUAACAAUAUUCCUUACUUUGAGUCAGAUUUAUGGCCAAAAAGACUUGAAAAUGCAAUUACCACAGCAGAAAAACUUUUAAAGAAGACACCUGAGAAUAUUGAUGUGAUGGACAAAAUCUUGUCACUAAUGAAGUUUCAAAUUAAUGGAUUUGAUCAGCAAUAUUUCGUCCUAAAUCUGCAAACUACAUCAUUAAGAACAAUCAACCCAUCAUUUCCUAAAAACGUCAUAUGCAAGUGGCUUAGUAGCCGUAAUAAUCUUGUGGAUAUGUUCUUUGAGCACAAUCUUGAAUAUUCAAAUGAAAGACUUGCAAAAUUCAGUACAUCAAUUCUUUUGUAUAGAAUUAUAAUUGACUUGAGAAUUUGCAUCCAUUGCUGCAAAUUCACAUGUUCCGGAUUAAGUACUUCAUUGAUGUGCACAAAUUGUUCACAAAGAUACAGGAUUGGUAAAAUGGAAAGGUCAGUUUGGAAAUUGGAAAUAAAUGAAGUUUUUAUUGAGGACAGUAACAGUUUCUUCAAAGUAUCAGUUCCAAUUACACCAUUACUUGAAAACCAAGAGCAAAAUUUAAAUGUCACAAAGCCUUCCUUAAAGAAGAAAUUAAUUGAUAGAAAUGACGAUUUUGAUUGCAUCGUACCGUCUAAAAAGAAAAAGUAUGGUAAUCGAUCAGCUUCGUCGGAGAUGUUUCAAAAGCAAUUUACACCGAUGGAAACUCGAUCAAAGAAGAUUGAUUAUAAAACAAGAAAGCAAGUUAAGAAAAACGUGGUAAAAAAGAUUAAGAAGUUUUUUAUCUAAUAUGAAUAAGUUACUAAGUCACUGAUGUUUCCUUAUUACGGCUUAUUACGUACAAGACAUACAUGUUCACAUAUUUAAAAAAAGAUUUAAAUAA